CAAACUGUCUCAACUUGAGUGAAGAACUUCGAGAUCACUUUGUCGGUGUAAUAUCCGCCUAAACACGGAUAUAUUAACCUGACGACUAGAAGAUGUGGAAGUCAGCCGUGGGCCACAAUGUGACCAUGAAGGUGGCUGCAGAGGGGGACGACUGGGAGACGGACCCUGACUUUGAGAAUGACAUAUCGGAGCAGGAGCAGAGGUGGGGAGCAAAGACCAUCGAGGGUUCAGGGCGAGCAGAGCACAUCAGUGUUGCAGAGCUCAGAAACAAUGUCACGAUGGAGCACGAGCAGGGCAAGCAGCAGGAUCAGACUCCCAAAGCGUCAUACGGAUAUGGAGGGAAGUUUGGAGUCGAAAAAGACCGAAUGGACAAGGUGGCUUUGGGGAACGACUAUGUGGCGCAAGUCGACCAGCACUCCUCCCAGAAAGACGCAGCACGAGGGUUCGGCGGGAAAUUUGGUGUUCAGAAAGACCGCGUAGACAAGUCAGCCAUGGGCUAUGAAUACAAAGGAGAGGUGCAGCAACAUGCAUCUCAGAAAGAUUACUCAAAGGGAUUUGGAGGAAAGUACGGUGUGGAGAAAGAAAAAGUGGACAAGGCUGCGUUGGGAUAUGACUAUAAAGGCCAGACAGAGAAGCAUCAGUCACAAAAAGACUACGCCAAGGGAUUUGGAGGAAAGUACGGGGUGGAGACGGAGAAGGUGGACAAAUCAGCUUUGGGUUACGACUAUAAAGGAGUAACAGAGAAGCACCAGUCACAAAAAGAUUAUUCAAAGGGAUUUGGAGGGAAGUUUGGUGUUGAGAAGGAGAAAGUGGAUAAAGCUGCUUUGGGCUAUGAUUAUAAGAGCGAGACGGAGAAACACCAGUCACAGAAAGAUUAUUCUGCAGGUUUUGGAGGUCGGUAUGGAGUCCAGGCAGACCGCAUGGACAAGAGUGCAGCUGGCUUCUCUGACAUGGACUCCCCUACCUCUGCGUAUGAAAAGACAAAACCAGUAGAGGCCUCAAGUGCAGGUGCAGGAAAGAUGAAGGCACGUUUCGAGAACAUGGCCAAAGCUUCAGGUGAAGAGAACAAGAAGAAAGUGGAAGAAGAGAGAGCGAGGAGACAAGCCAGAGAGAGCAGAGAGCGAGAGGUGGCCAAACGCAGACAAGAGGAAGAGAGCAGGAGAGAGGAGGAAAUGUGUCCACCAACUGUUCCAGAUGAGGCUCCAGAUGAGGCUCCAGAUGAGGCCCCAGAUGUGGAGUAUAAAAUGCUGCCACCUGAAGUCCAACACCACAUGCCAGAGAUACAAGAAAUACCUGAACCAGAACCAGACUCAGAGGAGGAACCAGUUUACGACGAGCCCCCGGCUCUGCCUCCUCGCUCGGACGAUUUCCUCGACCUGGGUGCUCCUCCGCUGCACAGCGGGUCAGCAGCUGAAGAGGAGGAUGAAGGAGAGUACGAGGAACUUGCUGACCCGCCUCUUCCUCCGCCGACAGCUGACGACGACUAUGAAGACCUGUCGAAGGGCACGCAGGCAAUAGCAAUUUAUGACUAUGAAGGAGAGGCUGACGAUGAGAUCUCCUUCAACCCGGAUGACGUCAUCACCAACAUAGAGAUGAUUGACGAGGGCUGGUGGAAGGGAGAGUGUCACGGAUGCUUUGGCCUUUUCCCGUCUGCUUAUGUUCAGCUGAUGGAGUGAGCGACGGGUUCAGGGAGGUUGUGCACAAGCUUCACUUCGACUAUCGCGUUUCUCAGGUUGUCCAGCAGAGGAAAUUAAUUUUAGCACUGUAUUUAUAGAAUAAAUCACAGAAAAUAGCUUCUGAUCAGCCGACUUCUAGUUUUAUUGUGUAAUAUCUCACAUAGGGUCUGUGGCAAUGAGCAUCUGACGGUAUGACCGUAUUAGUGACAAGGAGUUACAUCUUUUAUCUGCAAUGAACUGAUUGGAUUGAAUAAAAUGUUCUAAUGGAAA